GGAACCACCAGUCUGGCAGAAAACAGAACUGUAUUAUACAUAUCAUAAAGCGUAUUUUUACAUUUAGUCUAGCUCUGUCAGCAAUAUGAACUUUUAAACGUUGACAGACACUUCUAGACUCCCCCAGACGUAUCGUGGUGGAUUCUACCGUUUUCCCGCAACAAGGUGGAUUUUUAACUUGCUUUGGAAUUUCGCGUGAACUGUCAGUGAUAUAAGUAGGAGGAACCUUUUUGGGAAAGCAUACCUGAGAAAAGUAGGCAGCGACACAGAGUUCAGAAAUUUAAUCAACAGUUUCCUUUGGAUUACUGAAGAGCCACCGGCAUACAUGUACAACUACGGAAACCUGGGCAGAGGAAACGAUCGGACCUUACCAGAUAACAGCUCUGGAUCAGGCUCGAGCUCCGCGACUGUCGCUACAACCGCUGCUACAACUCAACAACAACAGCAGAAAUAUUCUGUGGCAGGAUCCAGUCAGUUUGUGCCCAGUCUCAAUGCCAUAACUUCAAACCAGGACCUUCAAUGGAUGCUUCAGCCCUCUGUUCUAGGCGCCCCGGGACCAUCCAGGGCACCAUCUUACUCACUGCCACCAAGAAUACCAUUUAUGACUCCUCAACUUUCCCAAUCACACAUGUCCCGGCCAGGUGUUAUUAGACCAGCUACAGCUGUUGGCAGCUCAACAAGAAGCAGAAAUGAUGAACAUUUAUCCCAUGAGGAACUUGAGCGGCGUAGAAUUAGAAGGGAACGUAAUAAAAUGGCUGCUGCGAAGUGCAGGAAUCGUCGACGUGAACUGACUGACACAUUGCAAAGUGAAACUGACCAGCUAGAGGAUGAAAAAUCUAGUCUGCAGAAGGAGAUCGCUGAGCUUCAGAAGCAAAAAGAGAGACUUGAGUUGGUGUUUCAAGCCCACAGACCCAUCUGCAAAGUCCAGGACUCGGACUCAGACUCUGAGUCUGACUCCAACAGUGACAUACCGACACUGAGUGGAAUCAAGAUUGAGUCUGUGGACCCUGAUCUUCCUGGACCCUCCAGAGAAUCAAAGAUUCACGCCAAGCCUAAUAGACCGAAGCACAAAAUUACCAUCCCACCUCCAGCUUCAUCCUCCUCCUCUGUUACCAGCGCACCUCUUGAAUCAGAGUCUCUCCAUACUCCUGUCCUCAUCUCCACUCCAUCUCUAACCCCUUUUGCUGCCAGCCUGGUCUUCAGCUACCCCUCUUCUUCACAGGAUACCCGCUCUGUGACUUCAUCCCAAGCUCUCAAUCUCACCAGCUCUCAUAGUAGCAGCCAGCCUUCUCAUAACCCUCAGCCGUGUGGCGUCGCUCAUCGCCGCAGCAGCAGCAGUGGAGAUCAGUCAGAUCACUCUCUCAAUUCACCAACCAUCCUCACCCUUUAAUUUCUCAUCUGCUGGAGGGAAAAGUGAUUCCAAAAGUGUCCUUACUACUACAUACAAGCAUAUAUGCUUUUACCUGUGUAUUCUGUUUACCUUUAUUCAUGGCAGUUAUCAAGUAACUUAAAUGCACUAUAAGAAUAGAGAAGCAUGAGUUAAAGGUGAUGUGUGUAACCUCAAUAUAGUAAGGAGACCCAACUAUGCCAUUCGUUGGCUGAUUAGUAAUACUCAACAAACCUAGAGCGUGAAUUUGGAGGUCUGUUUGACCUGUUCGUUCAAUUAAUAACAUAUGGUGUAAGUGUACAGGAAAAGGUAUUUUUGCAUUUCAUUUGGC